GCAACCUGCGCCGAGGCAGCCGCCUCGCCCUUCUCCGCAUCCAAAGUCCAAGCAAUACACACACACAGACACACACACACACACACUGUGUGUGUGUCUGUGCGUCUGUGUCUGUGUGUAUAUAUACACACACACACACUUUAUUCUCCUUUGCAGCUCAGAGGCAAAAACUGUCUUUGCGAGGAUGGACUACGCAAAGAAGUCGCUGGGCCUUCUCUCCCCAAGAUCCCUCUCCAAGUGCGUCUCGGCCAGCGCCUUGAUGACCCACCAGCUGCUGGUCAGUCCUCCUCCUCCUCCGCCAUUCCGGCCAUUCCGAGUGACCAACUGCGACCGGACACUGCGCAAAGGGAUCGUGGCUGAAAGCCUGGAGGACCUUCAAGAGAAGGUCCGUGGCGCCUUCCUCUUGGUUGGCAACGUCCAGCUGGCCUUGGAUGAAGAUGGGACCAUCGUGGAGACGGAGGCGUUCUUCCGGACGCUGGACGACGGCACCGUGUUUGUGGUGCUGGCAGCGGGUCAGGCGUGGCGGCCAGUCAAGGUGGACGGCUAUCAGAUCCUGGCGUCACGCAAACCACGACGCCGGAUCGACGUGGCAUGCGUGACCUUUGACCUUUACAAGACCGACCCCCGGGACUUUGUCGGCUGCUUGAAUGUCAAGGCGACGCUCUAUGGGGCUUACAGCAUGUCCUACAACGUGCGAUGCUACAGCGCAAAACGGAUAGCGAGGUCAGCUGCUAUCUUGUCCCCCUUCUAGCAGGUCAACAUCUUA